AUGUCGACUUACAUAUAUCGUGAUUUAGUUCCUCUAAAACACCAAAAUCGUCUUAACAUUGUGCAACAUUUAUUACAGCAUUUGACAGACAUAUCGUCGUUACAGUUAGCAGCACUUUCAGCCCCACCACAACGAAUGCAAUUUGAACGAACAAUAUCAAAUGUUACAAAAAGAAAUCCUUCUCAUAAUCAACCUUCGAAACGUUUGCAAACACAGCGACAAACUUCAUCAUCCAUCACAUUGUCAAAUAUUUGUUUACAGAAACGCUCUCUAAGCAAUAUUCGUCAAUCUAUAACACGCUGUAGUCGUUCAACAACUGUAAAAUCAGCAGUGAAAAAAAAUAUUACAAAAGAAGUUCAGAUUAUUGAACCAAAAGGAUCAGUGAAAAAUAGCUCGGCAAAACCGCAAGAAAGAAAGCGUAAAAUAUCUACAGUACACGCACAUAAUGAACAGCAAGUGUCGAAACAAAAACGUCAAAAAACAAUAAUCUACGAUCCCACUUUUCUAAAGCAAUGA